UCUCGGUGCCUCGUUUGGAUGUGAACAUGGCGGCGUCAAGCGAAGCUGUUGACUUACUGCAGACAGAGCGAGUCGUAAAUCGGUGGAUUGUGGAUUAUUAUCUGUCUCUGGCGUUUGACUUGUUCAAAAAGAAGCAAUACUUGCAGUUCUGCGAGAUUAGAGAUGUGCUUAACUGUGUCACUGAUCGACCUGUGGAGUCAACUUGGAACUUGGCAACAAAACUUCGUGUGUUGCAGUUUCUCUCCCGGAUACAUGAAGGUGAAAGUCUUGAUGUGUCAUUUGAGCACGAUGAAUCAAUUCCUCCACUGGAAUCGGCGUUAAUGCUGUUGGAAAAUAUUAGCCAAGAAAACAAUAUUCCGCAGCACGAUGUUGAGAGUGCACACACUUCAAUUAAAGAAAUGUUGGUAGCAACUUGUAUCAAGAACUCCAAGUUUGAGAAAGCAAAAGAAGUGCUGAGGAAGCAUUUUUCCAAAGCAAUGGUUGGCAAGAAGGCUAUAUUCAUGGGGCUUGUCAAACAGAAGAGUGCAUCACACCAAGUUAUUGAGGACAUCGACUUCCAACAGUUCAAGGAAGAGAUGUUGAACUUUUGUGAGACGUUCUGUACAUUUGGUGUUCCCUUUCUCCACAAGGCUGCAGUACAGCUUCUUGAUAAACGUGGUAUGAUGCAAGAUGACACAGCAGCUGAGCUUGAUGAGCAAGAAAAACAUGGACCAGCUUCUAAUUGUAAUCCACAAAUCACCAGCAUCCAGUUUAGCCUGCCGUGUAAAGGAAUAAUUAUUACAAGGACCCGUCUGGAAGCAGCCUACAAUGCUUUGGCUGCAGGUUUAGAGGUGAGAACAUUUGCAGAGCUGGAGAAAGUAGUGGAACUUGAGGCAAGAAAAGAAAAUAUUUCCAUGCAACACUUGCACGGUUCCAUGAAGGAUACUGAAGUGGACAUGGAGCAGGAUGAGUUACCACAGAGAGGACCCUUGGAGGUGUUGCCCGCACAGGAGAAUGGAUUGAUAAAUGCUGCUUCCCAAACGACAAGGAAAAAGAGGCUUUAUACUGUAGCUCACCUGGUUGUGGGACCUGACAGCCAAAGGAAACUGAGAUCCACAACAGCCAUUGAGAAACUGGAGCCUGAAGCUGACGUAGAAGAGCCAGAACAAUUAAUGGUACCAGCCAAUAAACGGACACCACAGAGCCCACUCACAGAUAGUGAGGUGGUAACCAAACCCAUAAGGAGGCUCCCCAGACGAAACAACAGAGCUCGCCACAAUGUGGCUAAGGCAUCAUCAGCUACUGAAGCGGAGCCCUCCUUACCCACUGUCAGAACCUCUGUGGAGAAGCAUCACAACCAGAGUAACAGUUCACCUCACAAUGUGGCGGAGACAUCGUCAGACGGUGAGGACCAACCCUCCUUGUCCACCGGCAAGACUUCUGUGGAGAGGCGUCACAGCCAGAGUAACGGUUCACCUUCUGAAGAGUCCACAACAUCCAAACAGAUACCAUCAGAUUGCAUUGAAGACCCAAAGAUGUCUCUGGCCUCUUGGAAAAUUCCAGUACAGAAGCCCCAUAAACGCCAGGCCAGCAGUCCUGUCAGCGACAAAGAAGACGCCACCUGUAACACAGAUUUUGCAGUGCAUGGCUCCACUCGUGCAUCUCUUCAGUCCUCUCCUCAACAGAGCUCCACCCCUCACAGGGAGCAUGCUCAUAACAAAGAUGACUCCCACAACAAAUGGAAACAGCUGUACAAUAAUGCAAAGGAGUCAAAGGAUACAUGGAGUGAUGAAGAGUCGUUAUUUGGCUCCAAAUAUAUACAUGGUAAAUCCGAUAACAACACGAUGAUGGUUUCAGGACACAGGAAGAAGAAGUGGACCGACGCAGAAUCACAGAAGUUAAAAGAAGGAGUUGAGAAAUUCGGGGAGGGCAACUGGAGUAAAAUUAAAUCCUAUUACAGCUUCAAAGACCGAACGAACAUCAACCUCAAGGACCGAUGGAGAACAAUGAAGAAACUCAACAUGGUCUGACUGGCUUAAAGACGCCUGACAACAGUAUCUUGGACCUUUUCUGUUAAAAUAAAUUAUAUUAUUAACUCGGGAGAGGUUUUGGCCUCUAUCUGAAAAAGAUUCCAGUGAAAUGUAGGACUAAGCUUUAGGACAAAGAUGAAAGUUUAAAUUAGCUGUAGCUCCACAAUCCUUAAAUGUUUUCCCCAUUGAUUUGUACUGUGGUGAAAUCCCCCCCAGUACAAACAGGUAAGUUGGGGUAGGCAGACUUAUGCAGUUCUUUCUAAUUUGUUAUGCAGUUAAAAAUUUAUAGUUGUGUCAGUGUGAAGAAAAGAUUAAUGGAUUUUUUGUUGUUUUUUUGUUUUGUUUUUUUAUUGAAAGGAUACAACUCGAUUUCAGUAUGAGUGUUAACUGGCAGUGAAAAAAGGACCCUAUACAGCAGCAUGAGACACCCAAAACAAGAGUAAGGGUCCAUGAAUUCAGUUCUUGAAUGGUACAGGAUUUUUUUUGUGUUUUCUAUCCAGGUGCCUUUGAACCGAGAACUUAAAUUAGUACUAGAAUCAGACAUCCCGUUUGUUUCUACCAUGAUCUGAAGAACCUGACCUGGGCUCUGUUUUAUCAGUAAAACUUUUGUAAAUUCUGUCUAUUUGCUCUUGUGAUAUGCAUUUUUUUAAAUGCUACUUCAAGUUAAAAUACUGAAUUUAUGACAAGUUUGAGGAACACAAGUCUGACCACAGUGUGUUGGUCUAGACCCAAAGGAACAGAUCCUCAGCAGUCCUGCACUUCAUGAUCGCUCCACAGCAUCUUCAGCAUUCCAGUCUAUAAUAAUAAUAAUAAAAAUGUAAUAACACCUAAUGAUGGUGCUGCACCAAAGAAAACAGUCUGUCUUUGCUUUUUUUUUUUUUGUACUACAUGCUCCAUCCUUUUAA